CGCUGCAGCGGUCGCGCGUGAGUGUUCUCCCAGGGUGCAGCCGCGCGAAACGUUGGUGUGUGGUCGAGAGUGGUGGUUUGCCGGCGUGUUUGUUUGAAUCGGAACGGUGCAUCGGUUGCAGCCGUUGCAACUGCAGCGCCAACGGUGCAAGCAAGCAGGCGUGUGGUGGAAAAGGUUGAGCUACGGUCGCAUCGCAUGAUCGUCAGUUGAAGCCCUUUCGAUAGCAAGAUGGCCGAUCUGAAGGAGCGCGAGUUGGAUGAAGCGGUAGCAUUGGAAUCGGCGGCAGCUCCACGCGUCGGUUGCUGCAGGCGAAUAGGGAAGUUCAUUGGGGCGUACUGGCGCUCGAUGGUCGUCAUCGUUGCUCCAAUGAUUGCCUCACUGGUGUUCCUGAUCGACACUUCUCCAGCCUACCGAUGUAUGUUCGUUGUGCUGACCAUGUCGCUGUACUGGGUGACCGAGGCUUUGCCACUUCCCGUCACAUCUAUGCUACCGAUCGUCCUGUUCCCGGUGCUGGGUGUGUUGGAAACCGACCGAACUUGCAUGAUGUACAUGAAGGAGACUAUGCUGAUGUUCAUCGGUGGUAUCAUCAUCGCACUGGCCGUCGAAUACUGCAACCUGCACAAGCGUGUCGCUCUGAAAGUGAUCUCCGUGAUCGGUUGCAGUCAACGGCGGCUCAAUUUCGGUUUGACUGUUGUCACGAUGUUCGUCUCCAUGUGGAUCUCUAACACGGCAGCUGUCGCUAUGAUGUGCCCCAUCAUGCAAGCUGUGCUAGAGGAGCUUGAAUCGCAAGGACUCUGCCAGAUGUACCAACGCAGUCGCAAGACGGGAGAAGAGGAAGGCAUGCUCGGAAAGGGCAAGGUGGACGAUGACACUCCUCGACCAACAAAGACGACGCUGUGUUACUUCCUUGGAGCGGCUUAUGCCUCGACGCUAGGAGGCUGCGGAACGAUCGUCGGUUCCGGCGUUAAUCUCACCUUCAAGGGUAUCUACGAGAGUCGCUUCCCAACUGCACCUGGCAUCGAUUUCCCGAAGUUCAUGUUCUACAACGUUCCCGGCAUGUUGCUGUACACGUUCCUCACCUGGGUGUACCUGCAGUGGUUGUAUAUGGGCAUGUUCAGACCAAACAGCCCCGAAGCGAAGGCAGCUGAUAUCGGUGCAGAAGGAGAAGCUGUGGCUAAGCGAGUCAUUGAGACACGCUACAAGGAACUCGGACCGAUGACAUCACACGAGAAGAGCGUUGCGUUUCUGUUCAUUGUGGCCGUGGUAUUGUUCUUCACCCGUGAACCCGGAUUUAUCACUGGCUGGGCUGACAUGUUGAACACUGUUAAGAUUAAGGACGCGACACCGGCCAUGUUCAUCGUGAUAGUGUUGUUUAUGAUUCCCGCCAACUGGCGUUGUCUGAAGUUCUGCAGUAGGAAUCCAGGACGUUUGCCAACCGAAGCCACACCGGGACUUAUCACGUGGAAGUUCAUCAACCAGAAGGUGCCGUGGAGUCUAAUUUUCCUGCUUGGUGGUGGAUUCGCGCUGGCUGAGGGUGGCCGAGUAUCUGGCAUGUCCACGCUGCUCGGUCAAUCACUGGCUGGUCUGAAAACACUUCCACCACUACUACUGCUGUUCGUCGUCUGCCUAACAGCUCAAACUCUCACGGAGUUCACCUCCAACGUGGCCAUCUGCAACGUGAUUUUACCUGUGCUCGCUGAGAUGGCUAUAGCGAUCGAGAUCCAUCCGCUUUAUCUGAUGUUCCCGGCAGCGAUGUCAUGCAGCUUUGCUUUCCACAUGCCGGUAGGAACUCCCCCGAAUGCGAUCGUCGCCGGUGUUGGUAACAUCGCGAUCAAGGACAUGGCAAUCGCCGGUAUCGGACCUUCUAUCUUCACGUUACUCGUCAUCUGGGCCAGCUUCCCGACGUGGGGUGUCGUCGUGUACCCAGAGUUGGCCACUUUCCCAGACUGGGCAAGGCCAGUCAUCACGGCCGCCACGAAUGCGACGUUAAAUUAGGACGGUAAAGCCACAGUAGGUGUAGAGAUGAACAAUUUCGAGGUGCCUUACCACGAGAGCAGCGAUUUAGUGAGACGUACUGCUUAUAAAAGAGUACCGCAACUAAAAUCGAAUUAGGAAAUGAGGUUCCGCUGGUGCGGAGUUGUUUAAUUUUUGGAAUAUUUUCAUUCGCGUACCAAAACAUGUGCCAAAAGUAAGGGUGGAACGGAAAAAAAGAAUGCUUCGUAGGAAGGGCGCAGACUGUUUCGGAAUGUAGAUGCAUUUAAUGAAACAACUGCCUAUAAGAACGUGCAUUAUCGAUAGUAACCAAUCCGGCAUGGAGCUGUCGGUGGGAGAAACAUUUCAAGAAGUACUUCAACAUACAAUGGCUGGAUACUUUGCACUGAAUACGAUCGCGGAUGAAAGAUUAAUAUGUACAUUGUUUGUUCUUUUUUUUAAAUAACAUUUAUCCUUUAACACACUGCACCAGGCAGCACGAAAAAAGGAUACCUUCCCAAGAGCAGAGCAACAAAUCGAAUAGGCUGUCGAGUGCAAUUUUCGAGUUAGUCUUCCAGUGUGACAGGAAGGGAUCGUUCAAGCUACUUAGAAUAAAGGCGACUGAUACGAAGGGGUGCCGUUUGCUGUUCGUUUCACGACUGCAUUUACAGGACACCGUUUCGUGAAUGUACUCAACGAUUGACGACAGCAGACUAGUGCAGAAGAAAAUCAUGAUGAAAAAUCGUGAGACAUGCCAACGCAGUAGAAACAUAGCACAUAGACAAUGAAGGAAGGAGAGAACGAUAGAGAUUAAAUAAAUAAAUAU